AUGAUAAGCCCCAAAGUCUGGGCGUUUUUGAAAGGAGCCAGGAUCAAAUUCUUUGGAGGUUGUUUAGCUGCAAAUGGUGUUCCCAAUUCCUCGUGCCGAUGGGAAGAUGGCGGCGGAGUAAACGGACGAGAAGACUCCCGGUCAAACUCGUCUAGUUGGAAAGACUGUUCAAAGCUUGAUGAUGGCUUUGCGGACGACGAUGAAACGAUCGAGGUAAGCGAAUUGAUGGUGAAUAAUACAGCAAAUCCAGUCAGCAUCCACAGACCAAUUGGCUCGUCAACCGUUCUAUCUAAUCCACAUCCAAUGUUGUCGUCACCGCUACACCAAUCAUCAUUAAAUAGUUUGCAUAAUAUCCACUCACUUGGAGCGGCUACCAUCUCGCAACCUCCACAGAAAAUGUCACAGCUAUCGCCUUCCGCUGGCCUGUCUACAACCAGCUCGGAAAAAGUUGUUUACGAGUCGUCGACAUCUGCUUUGCCAAAACAGUCUUCCAAAUCAGUCCCAACUCUCACGCCAGCAGAGAAGGAAUUGAACUUGGCCAAUAAUACCGUCCGCAUCGGCUCCAGAAGAUCUCAGCUCGCUGUCGUUCAGUCGGAAAUUGUUGGUGCGAGUAUUCAGAAGCAUUACCCGAACUUGCAAACUCCGAUCGUGAAAGUCAGCACUUUGGGAGAUCAAAUGCAAAACAGACCAUUAUACUCUUUCGGCGGUAAAGCCGUGUGGACUAAAGAGCUCGAAACCCUUUUGCUCGAAGGCCACGGCGAGUUUGACCAAAUCGAUAUGAUUGUCCAUUCAUUGAAAGAUAUGCCAACCGCACUUCCCGAGGAAUUUGAAUUGGGAUGCAUCCUUCAAAGAGAAGACCCAAGAGACGCGCUUGUCAUGAAGAAAGAUUCUCCAUACAGUUCCCUGUCAGAGCUCCCAGAUGGCUCCAUUGUUGGAACUUCUUCGGUCAGAAGAUCUGCACAGUUAUUGAAGAACCACCCAAAUCUUGUCUUCAAGAGUAUCAGAGGCAGCUUGAACACCAGAAUCAGCAAGCUAGACGCACCGGACUCCGAAUACUCCUGUAUCAUUCUUGCCGCUGCAGGUUUGAUCAGAAUUGAUUUGGGACACAGAAUCACCAAGUACUUGGAAGCCGACGAGAUGCUCUACGCUGUUGGUCAAGGUGCUCUUGGUAUUGAGAUUCGUAAAGGAGAUGCAAAGAUGAAGAAGGUGUGCGAGAAACUCGACUGUAAGAUCACUGCCAUCAGAUGUCGCGCAGAAAGAGAGUUGCUGCGCACUCUGGAAGGAGGAUGCUCCGUUCCCGUUGGAGUUUGGACCGAAUAUAUCAAGGAAACCGAAACCCUCAAUAUGAAAGCCGUUGUGUUGAACCCAGAAGGAACUCAACAUGUGGAAAAGAGCUUGUCGAAGACCGUCAAGGGAUACGACGAUGCUACUGCCCUUGGAAAAGAGUUGGCAUCAAUGUUAAUAAAUGGAGGAGCCAAGGUCAUUUUGGAUGCCAUUGACUUCGACAAGAUCAACGAGGUCAAACAACAGGGACUUACACAGGUCUAA